UUCUACUAGUGGGAGCACUCGGUCUCCCUGGAGCCCCUGGAAAGGCAGGACCAGUGGGGCCCAAAGGAGACGGAGGAGAGAAGGGGAAGCGUGGAGAGAACGGAGACACUGGGCAGGCUCAGUGGUGUGUGACAGGCCCAUGCACCUGCAAGGACCUGCGGGACAGGGGGCACUUCCUGAGCAACUGGCACAUCGUCUACCUGCCCGACUGCCAGCCCCUGACUGUUCUGCGUGACAUGGACACAGACGGAGGGGGCUGGACCGUGCCUCAAAUGCCUGCAAGAGAGACCACAAGGAUAGCUUCUCCCACCGCUGUGAUAGUGGCUCACCCACCCUUGGAAGGAGAAGGGAGCAGCAAGCUCCAUGUCUUCCUGGUGGACUUCCAGGCCACCUCCAGUUUGCUAAGCACAGCUCAUUCAAGGUGGCCGGGAGGUGAAAAGUACAAGCUUGUCCUGGGAGUCUCUGUCGGGGGCAGCGCAGGUGAGCGUCUGCUUGGGGCCGGGUGGCCUGAGUGGGAGUUGGUAAGCAGAGAGAACCUGGCUCUGUCUCCCCCAGUGACCUUGGGUCCUCCCCUCCCACAAUCAAGUUUCUCCAUCUGUGGAGUAUACACUAGCAUCUGUGUCUCUGGGCAGCGUGGGGCUCUGGCCUUUGGAAAGCAAUGUCUGCUGCACAGUGAGCUGUCUGGGCAGGGCUGAAGUGACCCCCCAGCAUCACUUCGAAAACCUGGAAGAUGAUGUCCUUUUCUCAUGGGCGCCUUAGAGCUGUUUCCCAAACUGCCUUCCAUGGAACACUGGCCUUGUGGGACAUUCUUUACCAAAAGGAGUCUCCGGUUGUGUGAUCCGGGGAGGCGUUUCCCACAGGGCAUCUGCCUAGGGAAGUCCCAGUGUACGUUCUUUCAUGAACGGGGCUGAGAAUUUACGCAGCAGGAAGCCCGUGUAACUGACUAACUGCUGCAUGGAGCAAGGCCGUCCCGGGGGGAUCCUUGGAAAUGGCAGCGUUGGGGAGUCUGGACAGUCCUUUCACAGGCAGAAUCUCAUGCAUGACCUUCAAGGAAGGGGGCAGGGCAGGGAAUGUUAUCCCCAUUUUGCAGGUGGUAAAACCGAGGCUCAGGGGGUGACAUUUCUUAGCUGUAGGAGCCAGGGAUGAGCUUUAGGCUCAGGGCUUGAGACAGGAGGGGCCCCCAGGUGAUGAGGGCUGUGCUGCACCUGCCAAGGGCCACCAGGGCCCCAGGGGACGUGGGGAGAGACGGAAGAAGUGGUGCAGGCUGAGGACGAAGGCCAUUGCAAGAGAGAGAAGCUGGAGGACAUGGGUGGUUGUCUCAGGCUGGGGACAGGAAUUUCCGGACCAGGUUGCCAGAGGUUUCUUCCUGCUUCUCCUUCCUCCACAGCCUGGGUGGGUGGUCCGCACACCUGGACCUCAGCUGGUGCAUCUCUAAAGUAAGGCUGGCUCUGCUCAGAGGCAGGACUUGGUGAGGGUCUCACGAUCCAGGGCUCUUCCUAACAUCUGCAAAACCCACAUUUUCUGUGAGCAGGUGAUUCUCUAUCAGGCCACAACAACCAGUUCUUCUCCACCAAAGACCAAGACAAUGAUUUGGAUCCUUCAAGUUGUGCUGUGCUGUUCCAGGGAGGCUGGUGGUUCAGCAAUUGCCGUGCUUCAAACCCGAACGGUCGGGGGACCCCAGGGCAUCAACUGGAAAGCGGGGAAGGGCUGCAACUACAGCUAUGAGGUGCAGAGAUGAAGGUGCAUCCCGCCAAGCCCACAAGUGCUGCAGUGUGGCAGUCACCCUGUUUCCCCAGCCCUUCUCACUCCCAUGAUGCCCACAGCUGCCCCUUUGCCCCUAGCCUGGUCAACCUGUCCCACAUGCCCACGACCUCACCAGAGGGAAAAUUAUGUUUCUAAGUAUGUUUGCUUUGGGACAGACAAGUUUUUCCACUUUAAAUGUGUGUUUCCUGAA